AUGAUGCAGCAGAGACCAGCAGUGCGAGGAGGCGAGCCAUGGGAGAAAGGUGAACCCAUGUCAAUUAUUCCGCUGGAUAGAAAUGAGAACAUGAAUCAUCAAAGCUGCCAGAGUCUGGAGGAUGCAGUCACCGAACCCGUAGAAAUGGUUGUAUUCUACGGGGAGGAAGAGAAUGAUCAGAUUCCAAUUUCAUAUCGAGAUCAUGCAAUUUUGGUGCCAACGGUUGGGCAAACCUUUGAAGAUGAAUCUGACGGAUAUGCAUUCUACAAUUUGUAUGCUAGAUUCUAUGGUUUUGGUACCAGGAGAUCUAAGUGCAGGUAUAAGGAGGGAGGAAUGAAGUCAAUGCAGGAGUUUUGCUGCAUCCGACAGGGGAGAGACAAGUUUCUCAUUGGGAACCCAACUAGGAUUGGUUGUAGGGCUAUGCUCAGGAUUAAUCGAUCCUCUGAAAAUCAGAAUUGGAGGGUUUCUGCAUUCACUAGUGAGCAUAACCAUGUGAUGAAACGGGACUUGAGGCAUACCCAACAAUUCAGAUCUCAUAAUUUCAUUGCUGAAGGUACAAAGAGGAGCAUAGAAGAGAUGGUAGAUUCAGGGAUGGCACCUACAGCUAUGUAUGGCUUGGUUUCUGCAAUGCACGGAGGUCCAUCUUUAACACCCUUCACAAAGAGAUCAAUGACAAGAAUGGCCUAUGCCAUCCGAAGAGAUGAGAGUAGCAAGGAUGUGCAGAAGACACUAAAUCAUUUCAGAGAAAUGCAAUGCCGUAGCAAGAAUUUCUUUUACAACAUUCAGACAUCAAUUUUUGGAUGUGCUCUGUUGAGGGAAGAAACAGUUGAAGCGUUCAAAUGGCUUUUCCAAACUUUUACAGAGGCAAUGCAUGGGAAUACACCAUCAGCGAUUCUAACAGAUAAUUGCCAUCAAAUGGAGAUAGCAAUCAGAGAAGUGUGGCUAAAAUCGAUCCAUAGAGUUUGCAAGUGGCAUGUACUGAAGAAUGCAAAGGAGAACCUAGGGAACAUUUACAGUAAGAGAAACAAGUUCAAAGAGGAGUUUCAUAAGGUUUUGAAUGAACCCCAAUCAAUAGAAGAGUUUUUGAGGGCCUGGUCAGAUUUAGUGCAGAAGUAUAACCUAGAGUCCAGUGUUUAUCUGCGUCGAAUGUGGGACAUGAAAGAACGUUGGGCUCCUGCUUAUUUCAGGGGACAUUUUUUUGCUAGAAUGUCAACUACGCAAAGAAGUGAGAGCAUGAAUCAUGUUCUGAAGAAGUACAUCAAACCUUCGUCUUCACUGUAA